GGAGAACUGAUCUCUCUCUCGCUCUCUUCGUAUUCUGCUCAGCUCUUCAUAGCUGAACAGAGGCUAGACAGCUACUUAGGGGAGAGUCUAAGAGGGAAUCCUAUUUGGACACAAGUGAGUUUAUUUUCUACCACGAUGUCUGAGAGCAUCGUAAGAAAGGUGCAGCCCUUCACCAUUGGAACCAGACUCUCUGUUCCUUCUGUAACUAAAUGCCAGGAGUUUCCACAGAGGUAUCUGCCCAGUGAGGCUCUGGAUAAUUGCGUUUUACAGCACAACCUGAACUCGCUCUACCUCAGCAGAUCCCAGGUCCGUGCACAUGGGUCCCGUCUUGUUUUACCGAUCGUUGAUCAGGCAGGUCCCAUGAAACUCAACCAGGAGCACGUGGCAGCAGAGGACCAUCUGAACCAGAACAUUGCCUCUCCCUCUGCCGUCUCCAGAUCCAUUAAGAAGAUCACGAUUUCUGGAAGUAAAGACCUAUCAGACAGCAAGACGACACUGGGACAGGUCACAUGCUCCUCGCCUGGAAACAACAACAACAAUAACAAUAUCAGCAGCGGCAGCAAUCCAGAUCAACAUCUGCCAAGAAUUGUGGGAGUGAGCAGUGAGAAAAAGCCUAACUCUCAGUUUAAGGUUUUACUUAGCAAAGUGGGCAAUGAUGAACUUCAGCCUGCGCAGGGACAAGCUUUGGAAAAAUUAAAUCGAGAGAAAUCUGUUAAGAUUUCAGCACCAGAACUGCAGAAAAAGGAGCUUCAUUGGAGAGAAAGUCAUCAGCAGGAUGAAGCUCUGGCAGCUGCUAAAUCUCAUAGUGAAUGCUUCACUCAGCGAAACUCUCUCUUCAACAAAGAAGCACUGCAGGCAGAAGCAUGGAUCAAAAGCAAGCUCCAGGACCUGAAGGAUGGUUGUAAUGUUCAGUACAGCCCCCUGCAGGACUGGGAGGAAGCCUCACAGACACUCCAGAGAGACCUCAAGGAUUUUGAAAACACCCUGAUUCAGCUCAACCAGCUGGGCGAACAGUUGAUCUGCAAAUUGAACCCAACAUCUGACCUGGUGAAGAAGCAGCUCAGUCAGCUUAGGGAACAGUGGCAAAACUUGAAGCAGAUGGCCGCAAAUCAGAUGCGCGCUUUGGGUGGAGCCCGGAGCCUGCAGGAAUUCAACCAGAAGGUGGACAAGCUGGAAGCUUGGAUUAAAGAGAAGAAGGAAGAGGAGCAGUCUCUGGUGAGUGUCCUGGGGGAAAAUGUUGACAAAAUGCAGCUCACCAGGAGAAUUCUUGAUCUCAAACAGGAUGAGCAGCUCCAUAGAAACCUACACGAGGAGAUCAACAACUUGGCCCUAAAACUGGAUAAAUUAGGGAAGGCAGAUGGCAAAAACAUCACCAUCAGGAAGAAACACAUUAAUAAAAUGUGGCUGAAGGUCCAGUCCUAUCUGAAAAACUACCAUGAAACUCUUCAGGUGGCGCUGGAGAUGUCCUCUUUUUACCAGCAGGCUGAUAAAACCUUGGAUGUUAUUAAUGACAUGAGGAGAAACAUGCCUGCAUCCGAAGAGCUGGACACCAUUGGUGACAGAGAAAUUCGCGACAUUGCCAGUCAAAUCAUGAUGCUGGAUGUGAGCGUUUCGCAGCUGCCUAAACUCCACCCCGCCCUGGCUGCAGGCGUCUCAAAGAAGCAGGCCGAGUUGAAAGAUUGCUGGGCACUACUCCAGAGGGAUCUAAGGAGCGACAGGACGACACACUCUCUCUUCGGUUCCACUUUCACCAGGGAAGAUGCUGACCUCCUGACUCCAGCGCGAGAAGCUCAAUACAUCACAGGAUCUGAGACACAUGGGAUCAUGGGAAAAGAGGUGAAGGAGGAGCAGAAUCGUCUGAAAGGCUGCAGCAGUAACGUUGACUGUAACAGCAGUGGCCAAACUCGGCGCAGCCAACAAGAGGACCACCAAUCAGUGAACCACAGUCCUUCACGAGAGGGAGAUGACUCACUCUGUGUAAACGAAGCCAUCAGCCAACAUGAACUGAAGGGGGAAAGAAAAGCGAGAGCAGAGCCCAGACUGCCUGCCGGCCAUCGAAGCCACCCACAUCUUCACCUACAGCUCCAGAAGUUCACUUUGUCUGCUGACAAGACUUUGUCCUGGCUAAAAGACAAUGUUUCCAUGGCAACACAGGUGUGUUCGAUAGCAAGCGCCAAGGGGCUGGGGGCAGCUGGGAGGUGUCAACAGAUCCUUGAACAAGAAAUACUCAACAAUAGAGCCAGGAUAGAGGUGGUCAAAAGGGAGGGUCACGGGUUGGUCCGUGCACAGCACCCAGGCAGCUCGAAGAUUGAGGAGUUCCUCAGCCAGCUGGAAGUCCUGUGGGAAGAACUGAGGAGGAGGCACCAAAGGAAUGCUGUGUUUCUGCAGGCUUCGGAAAAGCUGGGCUUUAGAGUUGUGAAAGUGCUCCAAGCCCUUGGCAGCCUGGAGGCCUGGCUAGAGUCUGUGGAGCUUUCCAUGAAGGCGUCUGCAUUGGCCGGUGACCCUGAAACCAUGAGCAGGGCUGAGAGGGAGAGCUGUCAGCUGGAGAAAGAGGUGGCAGCACGCAGUCUGGAGCUCAGCGAUCUGAGGCAGGAGGUGGACCGCCUUCACGGCCACAGUCAUCCCCACACACAGGGAUUGGCAGCACGCAUGGAAGAGGUGGAGAGAAAGUAUCACUGUGUGCUAAGAGCCCUGACCCAGCAGAGCUCAGAACUGCAGGACACCCGCAUGCUGAAGGAGUUUCUGGAGCGUUUGGAGCUGGAGGACAGCCAGGAGCUUUUUGGGGGACAAUAUAACCUCGACCAGCCUCUCCAUCGUAACAACUCAAUCCCCACAUUGCUUGAAAUCCAAACCAGCGUUGUUGGAGACCCCCUGAUGGAAACUAUGGGGGACCCUGUUGAAGAACUGCGUGAGGCUGUGGAGAUGCUUAACAACACUGUAAGGGAAAGAGGACGAUCACAAAGCCACGAUCAUGCCAUCCAGGAACUGCUGAGCAAGCAUGCCAGCAUUGCAGUGCGUGUGGAGGAGUGCUUGUGCAAUAGCAAGGAGCUGAGCCUGGACAUCCUGGAGAAGGAGACGGACAUGGCAGUGCAGUGUGAGCCAGACCACUGCUGCUUUGAGCCUCUGUGGGACAGAUUGGGCCACCUGGAGACUGACUAUGAAAUCAUCAGGGAGGAGGUUAAGGAGAUGGAGGACCAGGCAGCUCAUCUGAAGGAGUUGUGUCUGGAGAAAGCGCACAUAUUUGAGGUGAAGAUCCAGUCUACACUACAGGCCUGGAACGAACUGUGGAAAAGCGUGAUAGAGAACAGAUCUCAUCUGCAGGAGUUUGUGGAGCUCCAGGGCUUCUUCAGGAGCUACCUUGCCAUGAUCUCAUGGACCGAAGACACUAGGUCGUGCAUUUUCUCAGACACUGCCCUGCACCUGAGGAGAGAAGGACAGCGGCCACUGGCCGCAGAGCUGGACAUCCAAAUAGAGCAAAAGUUUAAUGAGUUUGACGAGCUUGCGGCCACUGCAAAGACUCUUUUAGACAAAGAACACCACCUCACACAGAUGGUGAAAGAACGCAUUGAAGAACUGAGGAGCAUGCUCGGGUGGAUCUCAGUGCACUGGAGAGCUCAAAAACAACAAUGGCUUCACAAACAGAGCAGAGAAGAACCUUCCCAUGAUAACAUUUACUCUGAGGCAACCAUGUGGAAGUCAUUUAAAGAGGGUAUGGUUCCCGAGCUCGAAGCCCUCCAACAGUCAAACGUCAUCAAGACCUCUGAGGACACCGCUAAGGGAGCUGAAUUUAAUGAAGAGAGUGAAGGGAGGCAGUCAGAAGACGGGUACGAAAUCAUGAACCGGAUCAGCCCACGAGGCAGCUCUCCUAAAACAAACAUGGUGGUGAAGGAGGGCAGCAGCCCACCUGUUGGAGGUGCUGUGAACCUCAUCCUUAGCUUUGGGAACACUGGGGACAGCCAAGUGCAGGUACUCGACCUGCAAGAGGGGACGGAUGAGCUUAUAAAGGAGACCUCUGAGCCUGUUCACAGGCCCACUGUGCCUCAGUCUUCUGCCUGUAAAAAGUUUUGGAGGCGCUGCCAGGGGAUUUUGGAAAAUACUUUCGGUAGUUUAAAGCGAAAGAGAAAGAUUUAUCGGCAGAGCGCAGAUGAGGUAAGCACCUACCUGCAUGUUAAGGAUAACAACCUGGCUGUGGUCCCGGUGUAUGAGACUAUCACCCUUCCUCGCCAAAAGAGUCGUUCUGCAACCUCAGACUCCCCUACUUUAUGGCCAUCCUCCUCCUCCCGCUCCUCACCAUCUUCCUCUGUGUCUGAACCACAAACGACCAACGCCGGCUUCCACCGUUCAACAGGAAGCUCCAUCUUCUGCAGCCUCAAAAGGAUAGGCAAGAAGAGGAAAAGGAAGGGAGACAAGCGCAGGCACACGAUACAAAGAAUCAUGGGAGUGGAUGAGCAAAUCAGUCCGAUGCACCAGUAUGACUCUGAGAUGGUCACAUAUUACACUCAAACAUGGCCACUGAAGGAAGGUCAGAGAAAGAAGAGUUUACAGAAGAACAGAAAUGUUGUAGACGCUGUAGCCUACAUAAAGAAUCCUCUGCUGAAGGACAUCAAUUCAGAGUGUUCAGAGGAAAACAGCAUCACUCCAUAUGCUGUGUCAUCAGGACCAACCGCUUUUUCCUCAGAAGGUCCAGAGAGAGGUCACUGCAGAGUUCUUUCUUUGGGCUCUGUGUUGAGCUUUGAUCUGCCUAAGGACAUGACUCUCAUCCCAAGCAUUCAGGAAAUCAUCACUAUUGCCCCUCCAGAGUCUAAAAAAGGAGGUGGGAGCAAUGUGGACCCUCUUUUUCAGAGAAACACAGUACUGAGCUCUUUUAGACAGACCCACAUCAUGUCGGCCAUCACAGGAGGUUCGGCUGAAGUCAACUCUGAAACACAGCUGUCAGCCACUGCAGCAAAGGAUCUGUCUGAUGGGGAGAAGAGUUUACAACCACCUUCCCUGGAAGAACCUCUGAUGGUACCAUGUGAUGGCACCGAUAAAGUACAGUUCUGUCAACAUGAGAGCGCAGAGGAGAGGGACGAAUGCUCAUCAGAGAUUAAAUCCAGUAUUAAUGAAAUAAAUAAGCCUUCAAAGCAGCCAAUAUACACGAACAAAGUCCAUAACUGCACCUCAGUCCCUCAUAAACACGAGUGCCUCAGUGUCCAUACGCUCAUUCGGGACCUGAAUGGACACCAGUACCAUAAAUGCACAAGAUCCCAGUGUGAACAUGAAAACAGUCCUCGGCUGAAAUCAAACCAAGCUUCUCAUGUGACUGUAAAUCUGAAGUCAACAAUGAGUGUCAGUGUUCGACAGGACUCAGUAGAUUCUGGCAUCUCCACCUCCAGCAGUGUUAAGCUUUGCAGCGACACUCUAUGUCCAGAUAAGCAGUGGCCUAAAGGAGUAGUGGGAAAGCUUAUUUCCCUUGAGGUGGGAGGUAUAGACCCGGCUAAAGCAAGAGAAAACCCUGCAGCAUUUUCAAGUCCAUCCUCAGACUCUAUAAAUAUAAACAUGGAGCCGGUCCAUGUUGAUCACCAGCAGUUUGAGGAGGAAGAAGAAGAGCUGGAAGACAUCUGGAACCAGACUACUGACUACAGGCAGAGCAUCUGCUCAGACAUCAUGUACCAGCCCAACCAGGAACACAUCACAGACCAAACCAGAGAGCUGCUUUCCAGCUCACCUCCUGCCACAAACCCACCUGUUCUCUACAGAAACCUCAUUACCGCCUCAGCACCAAACCUCCUCAUAGCAGAGUUCAAACUUCCCUCCCACAUCCAGAGCUGUCAAGGUAAUGACAAGUGGCAGAGCUCCAAACAUCACCUCCCUCCCCUGGCCACAGGAGACAGGAGGUCUUGGGCUGCUUUUCCUAACAGGGAAUCAGCCAGCAAGACUGCAGUGACGGUGAACGAGACGGCGUCAGAUCCGGUGAAGUUUCCAGAUGUUGGCGACAAUCCGAGAUACAUUUAUCAAUACAGAGAGGAAGAGGAGGGGGAGCAGGAGGGGGUGAAGACGGGGGAGGAGGUGUAUGAGCUAACCAGUGUGUCACAGAACCAGUCAAAGAGUCUCCUUUCAGUCCAUAUGGGUUUGAACGGAGCCUGCCAGCAAAGUCUUGAAGAUGUUUUGAAGCCCCAAGAACGGGUAGCCACAGGAGGGCGCUGUUUCAUCCUAAGUGGAAAACCAGAGCUUCAGUCUAUGGAGGGAACCCUGGAGAGGAAGCACAAGCUGCAGCUGGGAGGAAAGAAAGCUGCCUCCAGAGGCUGGAACUCCUACCACACUGUCCUAUAUAGAAACACCUUGUGCUUCUUUCAGGACAGAAAGGAUACACUGCGCAGCUCUGCAUGUGGCCUACCACUGAACCUCAUGGGAGCUGAGUGCUCACCUGCCGCAGACUACACCAAAAAACCCAACUGCUUUCGACUACGGCUCCGUGAUGGAUCUGAAUAUCUGUUCAAUACCACCUCACGCUUUAUGAUGAAAAAGUGGAUCAUGAAAAUACAAGCAGGUACAGGUCAAAGUGAGUUUGUAUCUUCACCAACAAAUCUUCCUGGUGAUCAAGCCCUUCCCAUUUCUUUAUCCCAAGAUCAAGCAAGUGGCCUCUGUCCUUCUCAGCGCAAAGUCACCCACACAUUCCCGAGGUUGAAACGACAGAGCAGCGAUCAAGCCAAAGAAAUUGUUGUCCUCACCAGAGAGCAGAGUCAUCCGCUCCAAAGCCAAAGAGUGAAGGAGAAGUCAAAGAUCUCAUCAUUGGAUCCAGGCUGCUGUGAUGAUGAUGAUGAAUGCAGCCUAAGCCAUACAGUGACUCACAGACUUUCUGCAGACAACACCUCUCCGUCCUCCUUUAUCUCCCCUGCAUUCAGCAGUCAGAACUGGCUCAGCAGCAAGCACCGCUCCCACUCUUUUACGUCAGCAACUUACCAGAAGAUUAAACCCAUACUGCACUCCCCUGGAGGAGGAGUGGAAAAAGGAUCCAACUACUGUGUGACUCUGGUAGUUGGGGGCAGUUCAUCAGACAGCUUGUCAAUAAGCAGAGGUCUGGAGCAUCAAGUGCCUUCAUUGCAGCCAGAUACGUAUAAGGACUCUGCCCUGAAAACCUACUCGAGCCUCCCACGACCUCGCAACAAAUCUGUCUUCAAGAAGUUCUUUGGGAAAAAAGAGCCCUGAGCAUAUAAAUGUUAAUUUUUUUAUAAGCAGUUUCUAAUGUGCAGUGCACAUAUAAAACAAAAACACGCUACUACUGACUAUAUUUAUGAGCAAAACACGUAUCCUAGUCAUAUAUUUGAUUUGUUUGAGAUAAAUCACUUCAGAGCCUUAAAAGUCCACAUAAAUAACCAGUUUUAGGAUGUGUCCCUUUUUUGAUUCUUCACUUUUUUAGGUCAGAUAAAAACACAACACAACUGUCAGUGUGCACUGCGUACAUACAGUUCAGAUCAGAGUGUAUAUACAGUCAUCAUGGGUAUGAAGGGCUAUAGGAUUUGUUUGAACCGUUUGUUAUAUGAAGGUGGAAUGAUAAUGCAGCUUUUAACGUCAAUGAUUUUUAUAAACAAGAAUUAGAGGCACAAGUUUCAAUUUAUUGUAAAAUUUUGUUUAAUCCAUGCCAUUAUUUUCUCAAGAACCAAAGAACACUGUAUCAGCUGUCAAGCAUAGAAGUGGUAGCAUCAUGUUUUGAGGCUUUUCCACAGCCAGUGGUACUGGUGUCUAGUGGAUAGAAAAAUAAAGGAGGAAAAUACCUUCAAAUUUAUUAAUAUUUAGUUGAAUUUCCAUAUCAUACACUCAUCACAGGCAUGAAUGUCACAUUAUUUCAUGCUUUUAAUGCAAUUGGGUUCUUCUUUGUUCGGAGUGGAAUGAUUAUGCAUCAUAAAACUUCAAUAAUUUUUACAAACAAGAAUUGUGUACAUUUGUUUGAACUGACUGUGUCUGAUCGACACUUUAACAGACACCCUCACUAAUAUUCUGAUCAAUUUUGCCCACCAAGUUGCACAGAAACCACACACUUUCUGACUAAUCAUCUGGUUUGGCUUUUAAGUAAAUUCCAAAAUUUCUCUGGACUUUUCCAAACAUGUUUCCUGUCAUCAUGGCCAAACGGCUCAGUCUUUUUACUCAUCUGACCAUAAACCUUUUCACCAGAAGACAUUUGGUUUGUCCAUGUGGGCAAGUGCAAAUUUCAGUCAAGCUUGAAGGUGUAAAUGUUUGAUCUGACACUUCUUCUUCUAGUCAACACCUUCUCAAUCCAUGAUGAUGCUAAGCAGGCUUUGUCGUAGUCAGUGACCCUGAUUUUUCAGUACGCUACAUUUUGAUGCUUCCUAUGUUUGUUCUUGAAAAUUUUAACAAAUUCCUUUUAAUUUAAGAUUCACAAUUUGGGUCAGAUGGUUGAAACUUGGACACAGUUGGGUCUUCCAACCUGACAAUAAUCCAAACCCUCCUUAAUGUUUUCAAAAGAAAAUGACUUCAAUCAAAUCUAUAAUUUUGAGCCUUUUUAGUUUAGAGAAAAUCCUCAGUAAAUUCAGGGUUCUGCACUAAAUUCUUGUGCAAACGUUAAAGCUCGAAGUAAAUAUGACCUUCAUGCACAUGAUGGUGUGUGUGGAUCUGAUUGUUUGUGGUCAGCACUUGUAUAUUUCUUUUCUUUUUUUUUUUUUUUUCUCCCUGUUGUGUUUUUGGGUCAGCUGUUUCCCUUCAUGUUAUGACCAAGUAGUAACAAUAUGUCAAGCUCUCAGUGCAUUACAUUAUAACUACUCCCCAACUAUGAAUUUACAGUUUGAUACUGUUUGAUAUUGUGUGAUUUAGCUACUUUUUUCCACCUACAGUGUCAAAGACUUAAUACAUAAUAAAACUCAAAAACAAGGUUUUGCUUUUGCUGUGAUUAAAGAUAAUUUUUUUUUGACACACACUUAUGGUACAAAACGUAUUUUUGGUUUUUGUCAUGUCUGGACUAUUUUGAGAAAAAAAGCAAUAAUAUGAAACAAGAGAUUAAAGACCAGCAAAGCAAAGAGCAUCUCAACAUCACUAGCCAUCUUUUUGAAUAUUAAAACCUGACCCCAUUUAGAGAUGUGAUGUAAACAUACAUAAUCAGGGCUUCAUUUAAGGCUGAGGAACCAGACACUCUCUAUGGACAUGGUUGCAUAAUGAAUUCAAUUCAUAAAGCAUUUGCAAAGGGAUGUUGCUUAGCAUUGCAAAAUAUUCUGUGUCUGCCUCAGAUUAGUUACAGCAGAGAAGAAAAUGGCUUUAAAAGUGUUAAUACUUACUGUGAAAACCUUGGAAGGAAAUUGCUGUAAGCAAUUUAAUGCUGUAAGUGUGCAGUGCUGUUUCUAUUGCUAGAGUGUGAGCAAUGGCCACAAUUUAAAACAUGUUGGAACUCUGUAAAAGCUUAAAUGCUAUAAAUGUUUAACUUUAGUUUCAAACCAUAUUUGUCACAUAUAUACAAACAAAAUGGGUGAACGUGUUUUCUAAAGUAAAAGAUGAACCAUUUUCUGUGUUUUGGUGGUGGGGUUUGAAAGUUGACAGCAGCAGAAAUGUAAGAACACUAGAUGAGCAGGAUUAGAGGCAUAAUUUAAUGGUGUAAGAUAAAUAAAUAACGUCAUGCCUUUCUGUAAGCCUGCAGAUCUGAGGGAGGAUUUAAGAAGUACACGUGGAAACACUUAUCACAUACUUCUGCAAAGUAGCACAAUCACAGAUGUACUGAAGAACUCAGAAUGCUUGCAUGGUACUGCCUGUCAGCGUGAGGUCAUGGAACAUCCCACAGUUGAAAUGUGGGAUACACUCAAGCAAUAAAACAAACCUUCGAAGUUAA